AGAGUAUGAUAAGAAAAACGGAAGCUGAUAGUAACCAAUCGCUUAAGCACAGCCGGGAGGGAAGUAGCGUCUCCGCCCUCAGUUUUCUGUUACUGCUGAAGAACAAACGUUUCAACGCCAUUCUAGUAUUUUCAAUUGUUGGAUCGAGUUUUAGUAUUAACCCUGGAGCCGGGAAUAAUCUGAAAAAUAAUUUACUCGGAUAACAGAAAUAUAAAUCGUUUCAAUAAAAAUUUAUAUUUAUUUGUUUUUUUUAGUUUAAUGGAGUAAUGUAAACAGAUUGAAGUUUAUAAUAUUGUGUUAUUAAUUAUUGAACCAUAAAAAUGAGAUAUUUUUUCAUUUUGCUGCUUACCAUGUUUGGUCAGUGUACCGCAGGUCCGUGGGAUAAUUCUCGAUGUCCACCGGUUAUUUUUCCCAAUGGAAAAGUUCGAUCGAGAGGACGAGGGAGGAUUAUCCGAUUUAAUUGCUUUGAGGGAUUCACCCUAGUUGGUAAUAAAUACUCGACGUGUGUUCGUGGCAGCUGGGAUACCCCAAUUCCUGUUUGCGUUAGUUCACAAUGUCCAUCGUUACCCGCCCCAGAACAUGCAUUAGUUGCUUCAAAAUAUUAUGGUGCUAUAUUGAUGUAUUUUUGUGAACCGGGAUAUGUGUUAAUUGGAACAGCAGAAAUUUAUUGCAACGGACGAAAUUGGAAUGGAACUGCUCCUUAUUGCAGAGAUACGACUGCUGCUGCUCCAACAAAGUGUGAUUUUGAAAAGCCAGAUCUUUGUUGGUGGGAACAAGAUCCGCGGCAUGAUUUUGAUUGGAGACGACAUAAUUUUGAAACACCAAGUUCGCAUAUUGGAACUGGACCAACUUAUGACCACACUCUUGGCGCCGGAAAUGACGGUUACUAUCUUUAUAUUGAAGCUUCCGGUCGACUUGUUAAUGAUACGGCGAGAAUUAUUUCCCCUUUAUAUAAUGCGUCACUAACGAAUUCUGGAUGCUUCUCGUUCUGGUAUCAUAUGUAUGGAGCAACUAUAGGUGCAUUGCGGGUUUAUUUUAAGCCAGAAAAUGGUACGUCACAGAUGAUGUUUGAAAAACAAGGAAAUCAAGGAAAUCGUUGGCUUCACGGUAUAUUUGAUCUCCCCAAGUCCAGUUCUAGUUUCCAGAUAAUAAUUGAAGGUGUAAGAGGUGCAAGUUAUGUCAGUGAUUUGGCAGUAGACGACGUAGCUAUUCUCCAAGGAGAUGAAUGUGCUGAAGAGCGAAAAAUUGAUACGGUAACAGGUCGGAGUACAGCUAACAGUAACGUUGAUCAAAUAGAGAUUGUUAAUGCAUUACAAAGCUGCCGAGGAAGGUGCGGGAAUACUCCAGAAGUUAAUACUUGGACAACUAUUAUUCCUCUAAAUGCUCCUGACGCUUGCCAUUGUACUUUGGAUUGUGCGGAAAACUCAUCCUGUUGUCCUGAUUUUGCCGAGUAUUGUGUGCUAGGUAUAACUGAUUUUCCCAUAACAACAUCAAAAAAAAUAACUCAAGAAUUUGCGCACGAAAUUUCAUCUUCAACAAGUAGUCUAACAAAAUACGCAUCUUAUACGCAUGCUCGAAUAGAGCCUAAAGAUGAUAUUGACCCAUAUGUAACUAAUUCUCCCUGGAAAUCACCGACGACGAUCACUAAAUCAACAUCAAAACUCACAACAAUCAUGCAACGUAGAACAGCUACUAAUAAAGUAAUACAUGUCGAGACACCAUUUGUUACAAAAGCAAACCUUCUCACAACAGAUAAACCAACUAUGAAGACUACUACUCUCUAUCCUAAAAUUUCAUCAGAAUCACAAGUUUUAGUUGAACAUGUUCAACAGCUACAUUCUGCACAAACUCUUGGAAUUCCUGAAAUAAUUAGUAUUAUUGUAGUCUUAAUAGCUGCCAUAGCUAUUGCUACAACAGUGGUCAUUGUUGUUUUUAAGCGUAGAAAGUCGUACAAAAGAGGUUCAGGAAAAAGUAAUGGGUCUGUUCUUUCCGAAGACAGCGAUGUACGUUUCUUAACAUCUGACGAAGUUUUAGACUUUAACCUUGCACGACCAAGUGAUUCUGAUGAAAUGUGAAGUUGUUUAAAACUUAAAUGUAAUAAUUAUCAUUAAUUCAAUAGUUAAUAAGUUAAUAUGUUAAAAAUAAUUUUAUGUAAAUAAAUAAUAAUUAUAAUGAUAAUAAUGAAAUAAUGAA